AUGUUUCGGCGCGGUUUAUCAGACGCAGAAAUUGCGGAUUUGAUCAAUCAUAGCGACACUCUGGAUAAUGUAGAGAGUGAUUCAGACGAUUCUGAAUGCAAUGGUGUGUUUGAAGAAGACGAGAUUGAUGACAGUUUGUCUUCAGAUGAAGACGAGAAUGAUGUUGAAGGUGUUGCUUCAAAUCCAGCAGCUGUGCCGUAUCCGAAAGACAGUGAGUGGACUGCAGUUGACACCUACCGACCUCUGCCUGUCAACACGACACCCAGGCAGAUACUAGUGGAUAUUGAUGAGUCGAGUUCUGUACUGGAUUGCAGUAAAGUGUUCCUUACUGACAGUGACGUAAAUGAACUCAAGAGACAGACAAAUUUGUAUGCAUCACAGACAAUACAGAAGAAAAGAAGAGGAAAUAAUCUGAAGCCCCAUUCAGUUUUGAGUUCGUGGAAGCCAGUGACUAUAAGUGAGAUGAGGCGUUUCUUGGGUAUUAUUUUCCACAUGUGUGUUUCGAAAAAGCCAAAAAUUGCGGACCAUUGGAGCACUAAUCCUGUUCUUAGUUGUAACUUUUGUCCCCAUGUCAUGAGCCGUUUGCGUUUCACUCAGAUACUGUCAUGCCUGCAUCUUGUUGACAAUUCAAAUCAGAAAAAACCAGGCGAAGAUGGAUUUCAUCCACUUUACAAAGUUUUGCCAUAUUAUAAUAAUUUGAAGGAGCGAUGUAUCCAGGCAUAUCGUCCCUCAGAAAAAGUGACAAUUGAUGAAGGAAUUUGCCCAUUUCGAGGUCGUGUGAGUUUCCGUGUUUACAUGCAAAAUAAGCCUCAUAAGUAUGGACUGAAAGUAUAUGCUGUUGCUGAAGCCAGUAGUGGCUAUGUUGUAAAUUUUGAAGUUUAUGCUGGUAAGCAUAUUGUUGACAAUUCUUCGUCUGCGGUUAUUUUGCGAUUGUUGUCUGACAGCAGCUUGCUGAACAAAGGCCACACUGUGUAUUUAGAUCGAUUUUAUUCCAGUCCAGAGCUAUUUCAGCAACUGGCAGAGAAAGGCACUGGAGCUGUUGGUACUGUGAACAAAUCCAGGAAAGGAUUGCCUAAAGAUUUAGUAUCUGCUAAGCUGAAAAAGGGCGAAAUGUCUUUUCGGCGUAAAGAUAAUGUAUUGGCAAUGAAGUGGAAAGAUAAGAGAGAUGUGUAUACAUUGUCUACAAGGCAUCAAGCAACAUUUGGUACGCAUACUAAGAGAAAUGGGUCUGUAGUAUUGAAACCACUUCAGGUACUUGAUUACAACCUCAAUAAAAUUGGAGUGGAUAUUGGAGACCAACGCCUGCAGUACAAUCCGUUCCAGCACAGAACUGUGAAAUGGUGGCGAAAAUUAUAUUUCCAUUUGCUGCUUAUGGGAGUAUCAAAUGCAUUUUGGCUGUACAAUGCAGUGCACAGGAAGAAAAUUACAAUAACAGACUUUAUAACAGUGCUUGCAGUUCAGCUUGUUGAAGACGACACACUUGAAUUCAUUCCAAGAAAUGAAGGAACUGUAGGUCGGCUAACAAAGAGACAUUUUUUGCAGCACAUACCUGCAACUACUAAGAAGUAUGCUGCUCGUGUGUGUCACGUGUGCAGUUCCAGGAGCAAGAAACAGAGUGGCAAGGCUUCUCGCAAAGAGACACGAUACGAAUGUGAACAGUGUGGCGUUGCACUCUGCCUGGAACCUUGCUUUAAAAUUUUCCACACUAAAAAACAAUAUGAUUCUGUGUGA